AUGGCUUCGUCGUCAAUAGCUACUCCGGAUACCUUGAUUACUCUUAAAGUCAACUUCGAUGGUGCGACUCGUCGUUUUAAGUUGCCUCUUCGCGAGCUUGUGUUGAGCACGCUCGAAGACAAGCUCCGUUCUUUCCUACAGAUUCCUGUUGGUACGCCUACCAUUUAUGAACGGUAUUCCGAUUCGGCUGGAUCCUUCGUCGUCUUACAUCCCACCAAUGUUCCUGCUUACAAGCAACUUUAUCGAGCUGCUAAGGCCAAGCAAAAGUUAAAGCUGCGAGUAACCACACAAGCCAAGCCUGAGCCCCAGCCCCAGCCCCAGCCCCAGUCCGAGGUCGAGGUCGAGGUCGAGUCCGUACCCGAGCCUGUACCUGUACCCCAACCGGAAUUACAUAAGAUCCCUAAGCCUGUUACUGUUGAGGAUGAGCCUGAAGCAGAGUCUCGAGAAGUAGCUGAGCCCGCUGCUCGUAUUCCGUCACCAACGCUAGAGUCGUCUGCCCCAGUCUCUUCUGAGGUCUCCACUGGAAUCUUAGACACUGUCCCCGUCUCCGACAUUCAUUCGAACCUACCGAACUUCGUUAAGCUAUGGCAGACACAUGGCAGACCCAGGAUCCAUCUAAAACGGGAUGCCGAGGGCAAGGAGGUAGUUGACCUACUAAGCUCCACGUCUUCAGCCCCGGCCGAGCCUUUGAUAUCGCUAGAGUCGAGCGAGGAGAACGUACCUCGAUGUCCUUUCUCUCGGACUGCAUCGAAGAUGGCCCACACUACUGACCUGACCUGGGAACCCCGCAAGAAAGAGACCGCUACCCCCAAGGCUCCGGAAGCCGCGGAGGCUCUAUUCCCUACCGGUGUGAUAACUGCGCCUAUAUUCGAAGAUGAAGAGACGAAGAUAAGCGAUACGCUGAUCACCCUCGGUGUCCCCAAGCGUCAAUUCACUGUUUGCUGCAAUAGCUGCGACCGAGCCGUUCCCGAUGCUCAUUUCCACUGUUCUACCUGCGAUGACGGUGACUUCGACCUCUGCCAGGAUUGUGUCAACCAGGGCAUUACCUGCUACAACGAGGGCCAUUGGCUCAUCAAGCGUUUUAUCAAAGAUGGACAGGUCAAUUACAGCACUACCCACAUUGCUCCCAAAACUGCUCGUUCCCAAACAAGCAAGGCUCCCGUGAGUCUUCCUAUCAGAUCCGCUGAGAAUGCCAACUGGGUACCUCCGACGAGAUUUUGGGAGGCCACUUACAAUGACCGCACCUGCAACUGCUGUGUCCAGGACUUCCCCGGAGAGGACUUCCUUCACUGCACCACAUGCGACGAUUACGAUCUAUGUAAGAGUUGCUUUGCUAAGAAUAAGCAUGGUCAUCACCCUGCACAUGGAUUUGCUCCUGCUGUCAAGGGUACCAUCUUCGAUCAUGAUGUAUCUUCGCUCUUGUCUCCCGGCCGAAAUGCCUCCCACAAUGCCAUCUGUGAUGGCUGCGACAAGUAUGUCCGAGGCGUCCGACACAAGUGCCUAGACUGCCCUGAUUGGGACUAUUGCUCGGAAUGUGUUAAAAAUGCCGAGUUCAUUCACCCCAACCAUCGUUUUGUAACAAUCUACGAGCCCUUGACUGAUCGCACAUUCCGCCCCACGAUGCGUGGUACACACUACGGCAUCUGCUGUGAUGGACCGCUAUGCUCAGCAUCCCGUGUUCGUUCGAGAUAUAUUGUCGGUGUACGGUAUAAGUGUGCUGUCUGCCACGAUACCGACUUCUGCGCCAACUGCGAGGCUAGCCCCUCCAACACGCACAAUAAGACGCACCCGUUGAUUAAGUUCAAGACUCCAGUACGUCACGUCAGCGUUACUACUACCGGUGAGCAUGAGGAUGGUCAGCGCCUCCCCACGAUGGGCGAUCGUGUCCGACCUAUCACUAUUAAUAAUGCGACCGUGGCUGCUUCAGUACGCGAGAGCAUUGCUGCCACGCCUGUGCAGACUGUAGUCGACGUGCAACCUACCGAGCAGCAAUCACCUGAGACGGAGGAGACGGACGAAGUCAAGAUCAAGAGCGAAGUAGUAGAACCCGAGGUAGCCGCCUCGAUCGAGAAGAAGCCAACCUCAGGUGAGCUCAUUGCAGUCUUCCUACAGGACACCAUUGCCGACGGAACUGUUCUACCACCGAACCAUACUUUUGAACAGGUCUGGAUUGUUCGAAACGAAGGUACCGUCCCGUGGCCAGCCGGCUGCUCUGUCAAAUUCGUUGGUGGUGAUUACAUGGGUGCAGUCGACCCCGCACACCCUGCUGGUAUCCACGAACUGGUCUCAGCCUCGGAGUCAACCGUCUGCUACAACGCGCUUAGCCCGGGCCAGGAAUUCCCCUUCACUGUCUUGAUGCGGACUCCAGACCGGGAAGGCAAGGUAAUCUCGUAUUGGCGAUUGACGACCCCAGAUGGUGUCAAGUUUGGUCACAAGCUGUGGUGCGACGUAACUGUUCAGGCACCCCGUGCCAAGGUUGUCUCAGCAGAGUCUCAGCAUGAACGUGAGGUUAUCACCAGCCCGGCACCAGCUCCUAAACUAGCCGAAAGCCAGAUGAUUAUCCCUAGACUAGAGCACGAAUCGCCGGCUGCUAGCAUGCACGAGAAGGCUCAGCCAGAGAGCGAACUGGAGGCAGAGACGGCUACUCUUGCCCAGUCAGUACAGGAUUCACAGGAUGACGACUUUGAAGACUGCGGCGAGGAUGACGAAUGGGCCGAGUCUGAUGAUGGUUUUAUGACAGAUGAGGAGUACGAUAUCCUUGAUGCAUCAGACGAGGAGUAUCUCUCGGAACAGCACAAAUCUAAGUCCAGGAAGUAA